AUGUCUCUGAAUGACAAGGUCAUCGCUAUUACUGGGGCAGCUUCUGGCAUUGGACUCGCGGUUGCAGAAAUGGUGGCUACACUUGGGGGGAAAUUGGCCCUCGCAGACAUUGACGAAAUGGCAUUACACAAAACAGUCACGAGCUUGAAGAGUCAAGGCUACACAGUCAUUGGUGACGUGGUGGAUGUGGCUUCGAGUAAUGCUGUUGAUGCCUGGAUUGGCGGAGUCCUGCAGCAAUUUGGGCGGCUGGACGGUGCGGCCAAUAUCGCCGGCGUCCAGUCAAGCUUCCAAAAUGUCGAAGAUUUUUCAAAUGAUGCAUGGGAUAGAGUAAUCGCAGUCAAUCUUACAGGAGUCAUGUACUGUGUGAGGGCUCAGAUUCGAGCGAUGAAGAAUGGCGGAAGCAUUGUCAACGCAGCUUCGUUGGCUGGCGUUAUAGGCCGACCAGGAAUAUCUGCCUACUCUUCUUCAAAGCAUGGUGUUGUGGGACUGACCAAAACAGCCGCUAAAGAGGUUGGAGUGAAAGGUAUUCGUGUCAAUGCGGUUGCUCCAGGGCCUAUUGCAACUCCUAUGUUGGAUCAAAUGCUCAAGGGCCCUUCCUCGUCGUCAUCCAGUGCUACUACCAGCACAUAUUCAUCCCUACCAUUGAAAAGGAUUGGCACAGCGGAGGAAGUUGCCAAAUUAGUCGCUUUUUUGUUGAGCGACGAUUCUUCCUACAUCACUGGAACGGUUGUCAACGUAGACGGGGGUGCUGCCGCAUGA